UUAUUAUUGUGAAGCAAAAAUUGUGUAGUCAAAACCAUGAUAUUUAAUUAAAAUCAAAGUUUUCAAUAAUAUUAUUCUUCACAAUUAUAGCAAUAUGUUUUAUGGUAAUGGAUUUAGCUGCAACAUCAGAUAUUGAUUGUGCCGAUAAAACUUCUUUUUGUCCUUAUAUUAUUGGACAAUGUAUAUAUGUUUCGGAAGUAAGAGCAUUAUGUAACAGAAGUUGCGGCGUUUGUUCAGUGAGUUGUUCGAACAUUCAAUAUAGUGCGCGCGUAGUGUGUGGAGAUGCUUCAACCACUCAGGCUUCAUGCAUUGAAAAUGCAUGUUGUUGGGACCCUUCCAAUCCAAAUGGACCUUGGUGCUAUAAAUCAAAAGGUAUAUUUUCUUAUAAUGAAAUUAGAAAAUUAUAAGGGAAUUUCUUUUUA